AUGCGCGUCGCCUACUCUGACCUCGACGAUACCAGCAGCGUUGGCUCCAAUGACGCCCUCAACGCUCCCAAAGUGCACAUCAAAAGUGCCAUCUCGUCGCCUCGCUCGUCGGUUUCCUCCUCCGGCGCUGUCCGGCGCGGCGGUUGGCGCGGUGUUGGCGCUGCCACCUCAGCUUCCACCUCACGCAGCUUCACUCAUGCUCACCGCGGUGAGACCUAUGCCUCUUCCAGCUCCUCCGAGCUUGGCGCAGACGAACCUCUACCACUCAGUUCCAGCGGCAACGCGCACGUACAGCCCAACAGCCCUCUAUGGGCGCCUAGCCCACCACCUCCAGACACUUGCCAGCACGACGUUCAAGAGCUCGAACAAAGGUACUCGGACAAUCCACACGAGCUUUCGGUCGCCGAUCACCCCGCCUGGCACAAACUGCGCGCUCAACCUGGGCUACCGGCUCCUGGCAUACUCAGCUAUCUGCCGUCCGUCUCGCAAGACGUCUCGCAUGACUAUGCCCAAGACCCCAGAGACGACCCUUCGGAAUCACGUCUCAUCGGAUCUACCCUCCUGAAUCCGCACGACCCUCCCUCUUCGCACCGCUUUCCAGAUACGACCUCCUCUGCAGCACACCAAGCAAGCGCCAGUACUGCCACCCAGCUUGCCCCUUCUCGCAAUGCUUGCCCCCGCCAGCACAUCACGCUAGAGUCGAUUGACGACGAUUACAACGCACCGCUGCCAUCCGUCGAACCCGGGGCUUACGACUGGGCCAACUUCGUGUAUGCUUAUGCACGAGGACGCUGGAAUCCUGGUCUCAUCCCACAACCGCCUGGCCAGUCGACAGCGUUUCCAGGCACUCACACUCGCAUCAACUCGACUCGCCACCCAACACCAGACGCCACAUCUUCGGCAACCAACGUGCUCAGCAAGCGUAGACCAUCACUUGAAUACGUCAUGCCCGACUCGGCGCUGCCAACCACAAAAGCCGCGCCCAUCUCGACCGCGCCCACCCACCAACUUUGCAGCCUUCCUCUGAGUGCACGAGGCAGCGCCGACUCAGACACUGCCGUCCCCCUUCCACUUGACACGAGUGCAGACGCAUCAGCCGUUCUCAACGGCGAGACAUCUCUGCCUUCCCAUUCCCUCCAGUACAUUCAUUCCUCCGAGAGCGACCAACACGUGUCAUCUCAAAACGCAUCUGCCUCCACUACGGUCGAGAGUGAGCGCUCGAGCAACACUGUCGGCAACUUGAUCGAUGCCAACGUCCUCACAGCUCUCAGGCUGCCUCCCAUGAGCAUGUCGUCCGUUUCCCGAAAAUCUACAUGCGUCGCUAGAGGUGCCGACCUUGAUUUUGACGGUCUCAGCAGCCCUCACAACAGUCCAGACGACGCACAGCCUCCUCAGAGGGCCAAGACGGCGCCCGAAGGCCUACCCACCAGCGUCGCUCAAGCCCUUCUCCCUUCACAGCUGGACCACAAAGGUUUGGCAUCCGCUGCACAGCUCGUGACCCCACCACCAGCGGCUCAACCCCGCCAAUAUUCGGACACCCUGCUCCAACAUGUUGUCCCAGAUACAUUGUCUCUACGCAAAUCCAUCUUGAAGGACGAACCUAACAAACCCGUGGUGCGCACGCCCAUCAGUGAGCUGUCCGAUCCGCUGCAUCGAGCUACGCCACACAAAGACAAGACCAACCUCGCAAACGAUGCCGUCUCUCUCAUGUUGAAUUCCAACGCCCAAGACGCCGUAGUGACACCCUCAGCCAGACCUCAGUCAAAGCUCGCAGGCGACAUGGCUGAAUCUGUCAUCAGCACUGCGAUCCUAGCACCCGCCGACUCUGCUCACAACGACUUUUUCGAGUCCGAACCGCUCGAAAGGCCAGGGCCUACUCCCAUCCAGUCGACUCACGGUGUACCAAAGCAUCCCGUCGUGUGGCAAUCGGCGCCAGAAGGCUUGUCCAGCUUUGCCGAGGCCAUGUCGCGCCAGGCAUCCGGUACUGGCGCUGCCGACGCCAAAUCGGCUCUUUUCAACGAGAUUGCCAUCGACAACGUCACCGUCGCUGGCCUUCGUCGCGCUGCCCGUAGGACGAGCAUGGAGAGAUCGGUCGCCGAACUGGAUCGCAUCUGCUCCGACGCAUGUCGCAACCCGAAAGGACCCCUGGUCUCGCACAGUGCCAGCUUCCCAGGCAGCACGCCUCGGCCUUCCAAGUCGGCAGCAGCCGGCGGCCCGCAUGAAGGUGUUCAACCACUCCCGCACCUCUUCGGCAGUAGCACCUCCGUCUCGGCCUCGACUAAUAACGGCCCUACCGUCAAUGUGGCCCAUUUCGUGCGAGGCAAGCAGAGCGGAGAGACCCGCAUCGAUCUACGCGGAACGAUCACGAGCUCGCCCGCCACGAACGCCAAGGAUGUCAACUUUGCCCCCCCAAGUACCGGCCAGCUACCGUACGAGGUCAGCGCACACGACGUCUCCCUAGCCGCUAACGCUUCGACGACAAAGAACAGACCAGCUAUGACCAACACCUCUUCGCAGCGCAUCCAAUCCUACCUCGCUGCAGGCAAGCGCGUCGAACUCUUUUAUCGCGAUUUCGGCUAUCUGCCUUCCAUCCUCCCACCUCACGAAGAGGUGCGUCUGCACGCGCUUUCGCGUUACGGUCCACCCAAAAUAGCAGGUAACCCCAAUUUUGAGAGACUUGCGCACCUGGUCAAGCUCGUGUUCAACUCGAAGCUAGUGCUAAUCACGCUUGUCGGCGAGAACGAACAGAUCUUUCAGACGCAGAUGGGCGGAGGCGGCGAGAUCACCAUCGCGUCGUUACAGGCCAUAGCCGGCUCGCGCAACUGCUCCUUCUGUUCGCACGCCAUCCUUCAGGACAGCGACGAGCCCAUCGUCAUUCUCGACGCCGCCAAAGACUGGCGCUUCUCGGGCAAUCCGCUUGUGCAGGGCUCGCCCGACAUUCGCUUUUACGCCGGUAGCCCUUUGCGAACCUCGGACGGCCUCAACAUUGGCAGUCUCUGUCUGAUCGACGAUAAGCCACGCACUGAUUUCGGCCCACGUCAACGACACACGUUGCGCGAGUUUUCCCGCGUCGUGAUGCGAGAGAUGGAGCUGCUCCGCGACAAGAUCCAAUUCGGAAUGCGAGACCGCAUGCAGCGAUCCGUCGAGCUCUUCACCAAGGAAUGCUUGGAGAUGGACUCGGAGGACGGCGAAACCGAGGCGGUGGCAUCCGCGCACGCCACAAUCGGCACGCACAAGGUCUUUCAACUCGCUGCGCAAAGCAUGCGAGAGGCGCUCCAGGCGUCGGGAGCCGUCAUCUUUGACCUUUCGCAUUUCGAGCUGAUCGACUCGUACGAAGAUGACUUUGUUCCCAGCGAGCUCGGCAACGGCACCAGCAGCAAGGUUUACUUUGCCAACCCGUCUUCUUCUCACGACAUAGACCCAGCAGCCUCGGCAUCGGGAAGCGCAGAUGACCGCUUCGGAUCUGACUCGGAGGGCAAUUCGGCUGCGGAUGUACCCACGACGCCUCAUGGCAAGACGGCGGCACGUGAUCGCUACUUUGACGGCACCAGCGGCGUCGAGACAUUCAAGAGCCCCUUACACUCACCCAAGGACGAUCAGAGCGCGCGGGCCAAGCGCGUGCCUCCUAUGAGCGUGCUUGGCACCAGUGAGGCUGACGGCGUGCCUCCAGAGCGAGGCGAGUUUGUGCCUCUGAGCCAUCAUGUGCAGAUGGCCGAGUUUUUGCGGGUGCAUCGUACGGGCAAGUUUUACUCGUAUGCGCCGCCUCCUUUCCGGUCGUUACUGCCUCACGGUGUGACAGGUCUUUUGCUGGUGCCGAUUUUUGGUCUCAACAAACAGCCUUUUGCUCUGCUAUGCGCCUACAUCACCAGCUCGGAACGAUCGAUUGCUCUCGAGGAACUCCAGGUGAGCGGCCUCCAGUAUCUGCGAGCGCUCGGCAUGAUCGUGCUGAGCGCCAUCCUCAAGAAGGACAUCAUGCUGGCUGACAAGGCCAAGAGCAAUUUCAUCUCCAACAUCUCGCACGAGCUACGUACGCCGCUUCACGGUAUUCUAGCCGCUGCCGAACUGCUUGCCGAGACCAAGCUCAACGCCACGCAAGGCUCGUACCUCGAGACGGUCGAGGCGUGCGGCAAGAGUCUGCUCGAGCUGGUCAACCACGUGCUCGACUUUACCAAGCUUAGCGGCAACACACGCUCAGGUAAACGAUCGAUCCAGACGAAAACAAAAUGUGACAUGGUAAAACUGAUCCAGGAGGUGUGCGAGAGCAGCUGGAUCGGCCAGAUUGCCAGGCAAGUCGAAACCGCCUCUUCGGGCAUUGGCAGUGUCUAUGCUCCGCCAGAAGCCAGCGAAUCGGGUGCAAGUAUGGUGCAAGCGCGAGCCAGAGCGGCGCGGGACCACAAAGUCGAGACGGUCAUUGACAUUGCCCUGCGAGAAAACGGCUGGCUGGUCAACUGUGACACUGGUGGCAUUCGACGUGUACUAAUGAAUCUAAUCGGCAACUCGCUCAAGUUCACUUCGGCUGGAUUUGUGCAUGUCUCUCUGCGCGAGGUGCAGAGCUCCAAGACGCACAUCAUGAUCGAGCUGUCAGUCACGGACACUGGUCGCGGCAUCUCGCGCGCAUUUUUGGAGGAACAGCUCUUCCAUCCGUUUACGCAGGAGAAUCCGCAUGGCACGGGCACUGGUUUGGGUCUCUCGAUCGUCAACAGCAUCGUACAGUCGCCUUCCAUGAACGGCAAGAUCGAUGUCUGGAGUACCGAGGGCGAAGGAACCGAGAUUCGUGUCACUUGCGAGCUCGAGCUUUGCGAGGAUGACGAUAUCGAGGGCCCCACCUACAAACCUGCGGUCAAUGUGCAUCAAGCUUACACUGUGGCGCUGCUCGGCUUUGACGAGUCGCGCGGCGAUCAGGAUUUGCGUCUUGCGCUCCAAGGUUACUUUCUCAACUGGUGGGAGUUUAAGCUCUGUGAGCUGGACAAUGUUGACGACCAAAUCAAAAAGAGCGAUGUGGUUGUUAUCAACGACGACAUGGCUCUGCUCGAGAGGGUCAAGGGAGAACGCAAAGGCGAGCUGCCGCCAGUCAUCUUUCUCACAGCCAGUCGCGGCGAGUCCGAGAUCGCCAUGGCUUGCGAGGCCUACCACGCGAGUGGUGGUGUAGCACGAAUUCUGUUCAAGCCUGCCGGUCCAGCCAAGCUCGAAAGUGUGGUCGACUUCUGCCUGCAGUGCCUGGAACGCAAACUCUCGGGCGAGAAUGUGUCGUCGGAAGAGACGAAACCCAGCACACCGUUGCCUUCGCCUAGCGAAGCUGGAGGCGCGUAUCAGCAGAUGGAGCAAGCAGACAGCUACUUUUCGCCUCGUCCCAGUCGACCGGACAUUCACAGUCAUCUCGGACAUGAGAUCGGCUCUUUCGAUACCAACGCUUCGAUCACACCGCGCGCCGAAGGCGAAACGCGCGUGCCAGUGACCAGCAUGGCUCAAGAUGCACAGUCGACGUCGGGACAGAAAGGACCAAAAUUGGCGGAUGGCGAGAUUGGCGAAAUGCGACGGCCGACGCUGGAUGCCGGUAUCGACCGCAAUCGUUCACACUACAUGUCGCCCGAUCCGCCGGGCAGCUCCUCGAAUUCUCUGAUCCGACGGCACUCGACUGAGGCACGCAUGGACGCCGGCAAUGAGGACGCAUCGUCGUCAAUGACAGCCAAGCCGAGCCGUCCGCUGUUGCCUGCGCGCAGCAUCACGUACCACGAGCCGCGACUGCACAAGCAUGUGCUCAUGUCUCCGAUGGGCGGACGCGAGGUUGACGGCGAUUCGUACUUUGAGCGUGCGCCGACGCCAAACGCACCACACACACCCAACACGCCAGGAUCGACGGUGUCACUGGAAGGUGGCGAUGGCGCGGUGCUCAAGAGCGUACUGGCGUCAAGCCGGGGUGGCAGCAGCCUAAGUACGGGCGGCGGUGGCGGUGGCACGUCUCGAAAGCGGAUGCAGAUUCUGUCGGUGGAAGACAAUGCGAUCAAUCGAAAAGUGAUUGCGGCGUUUCUGGCGAAAUUGGAGGUCGACUUUGUCGAGGCGACGAAUGGCGAGGAGGGCAUCGCGCAGUUUUCGCGGUACCCUCCGAACCACUUUGACGUGAUUCUGAUGGAUUUGUCGAUGCCGGUGAUGGAUGGCAUCUCUGCGAUCGCUGCUAUCCGCAAGAUUGAGCUGGAACGGUACCAGGGCGGCAAAAGCGAUAGCGGAUCUAGCGGCAACAAUAGCAGCAGCACGCACACGAUAGGCAGCUUGGGCCGCACCGGAACCAACAAGCUGGUUGCACGUCAGCGGAGCAAGAUCUUUGCGCUCACGGGACGGUCGACAGACGAAGACAAGCGACAGGCAUUCCAGACGGGUGCAGACGGAUACAUAGUCAAACCGCUCAGCUUCAAGGUUCUUUCCUCGCUUUUGCGGAUGCUGAUGCGUUGA